GAUGACGCCAGGAUGACGUCGGCGCGCGUGCGUUCCUCUUAGCGCUCCGUGCGGAAACUUGUGGCAGCAGCGGACAGGAGGACACGCGCGGCAUGUGAAUGAUCCGAUCCGACGCGCCGCACGCAUCGCGACACUGGAGUUUGAAUCCGACGGCCGCUCGACGCGUGUUUACCGAUGCUCGGCGCUGAAGUGGUCAUGUUGAGUGUUUGUGCUCUGCUGCUGCUGGCGGCUCCGGCGGUUCUCGGCUCCGACUCGGACACACAGAGACCCCGACAUGACUCCAACCUGGAGAUCUAUAAGCGUCUCUUCGAGAGCAAGAGGAAGGAUCAGCUGAACGCUCUGAAGAACCUGGUGGAGCUCAACGACGUCAACCAGCAGUACAAGAUCAUCGACAUCAUGCUGAAGGGCCUCUUCAAGGUGCUGGAGGACUCCAGAGCCGUUCUUAUAGCCGCUAACCUGCAGCCGGACGAUCCCUUCCCACUCGACGACAAAAUCAAGGAGGCGUACUCUCACGUGGUGGAGAACACGGCGUUCUUCGGAGACGUGGCUCUGCGUUUCCCGCGCAUCGUCCAUCACUACUACGAUCGUAACGCGGACUGGAGUCGUCUGCUGCGCUGGGGUCUGCGCUUCUGCAACCAGACGGGCGUCUUCAGCGGAGGAGCCCAUCAACACGUGCUCACGCUGAUGUCACAGGAGCUGGGAAUCACAGAGAAAUCUGCAGACUUCGUCAAUCCGUAUCGCACCGAGCGAGACGACGUGCUGCACACGGCCGAGGCCUUCCAGAAGAUUCUCCGUGAGGAAGAGAAGAGGAGGAGGAAGGAGGAGAAGAGGAAAGAGAUCCGGAAAGGGCCGCGGAUCUCUCGCUCUCGCAGCGAGUUAUAGAUCUGACUGAAGAUCAGCCGUUUACACUCAAUCAGGGAGCCCUGCUGAAUCUGAAUCUGCCGGGCAUCGUCAGUGUUUACAGGUUCAGAUUCACAACACUUGAAUCUGUUUCUAACUCUGUCUGAUUCAGGAGUGCUGGGGAUGUGAGCGUGUGUUUAGGGGAGGAGUCAACGUGGUGGGAGGAGUCAGUGUGGGCGGGGGCAUUAUUGCAUGUUCUGUAGAGUGGGUGGAGUCAGAUUAAUGGGAGAGUUAAGAGUGGUGGGUGUGGUCAAAGUGGGCGGGGAUUGGGGAGUGGGCGUGUUCUAAGUGGGUCUGUCUUAGAUGAAGGUAUUUUGAACACUGAUAUUUCGAUAUUUAACAAACUUGAUACGUUUUGACAUAAAACUGAGAAAUUGUAGUUGCCACAUAUGAAAUUCAGUUGUUUACGUUCAAUAUAAAUGAUUUAUUUGGGGGGUACUUUAUAGUCUAAUAAGAGAAUUGUGGGGAAUAAAUGUCUUUAGAAACUAUUAUUCAUUAAAAAAUUGUAUAUUGUGUGUGUGUGUGUGCGUGAAGGAGAGACAGAUGAGUGUUGAUCUGAUCUGAGAUCACAGCUGCACAGCCGUGAGAGAAACUCUUUAAUGAUGGAUCUGAAUUAAACUGAUAUCAGUGUGAAUGCGUUUGUGAUUCGGUUCAGUUUCUCCAGCUGCUGAAGUGAGACGAUCAUCUGAAACAGCUUCAGUCUGAGACGCUUUCAUAGAGGCUUUAACAAUCUGUUCAUGUGACUGUUAAUGAAAUCUGUACAGCAUCAGUGGGAGAUUAUUAUUGACAGAAUGAAUAAAGUCUAUUUAACAAAC